GUCGCUGGCAGACUUCGACAUCCGUGUCGCAGCAGCGGCCUCGCUGCUCCUGGCGUGCAAGAUCGAAGAAGCCCAAAGGAGGCUCAAAGACAUCGUUCUGGUCUUCUACCGGCUCCACAUGCGAGCUUUGGAGGAUGCUGAUGGACAACCGGUCUUUCCUGGCCCAACGCCGAGCCUAGAGCCAAAGAGCCAAAACGCCUUGGAAAUGCGAAAGGCGAUCAUGACGGUGGAGAAACAGAUUCUCAAGGAGUUUGGCUUCGCCAUGUCAACCUUCCUACAGCCGCCCCACAGGUACCUUCUGCAGUUCCUGCGGCGCAUGAU